AUGGACCAAUGGAAAGCGCGAGACGGACGAGCUGCGCUUGUGAUUGGCGAGGAGUGGUUGAAGCCGGAUGACGUCAGCGGGGUCCCCCGGCGGGAGGGGAGUCCCGGGGAUCCCCCUCGCCCCCCGCCCAUCAAAGGCCCCUCGGGGCACCCGGGGCUGGUCCGUGAGGGCGAUUUGGGGGAUCCGGGGGUGAUGGCGCUCCUGGAGGACCCCGACCUCUCCGGAGAGGAGGCACAGCGGGGUUUUGGGGUGUCCCGGGGGAUGGGGGUCCCCAGCCCCAUCGCAGACUUGGGCGCGACCCCCUUCCCCUCGGGACCGAGACCCCUCCCGUGCUGCCGAGCCCCCCGCGCCGGUGCCGAGUCCUGCGAGGGGCUGGACUGGCUGCACCGACCCCCCCUCGUCCCCGCCGCCCCCGGUGCGGCNGGGGGGCAGGCGGCGUGCCGCUGCCCCAACUGCCAGGAGGCGGAGAGGGGGGGUCCGUGCCCCGAGGGGGUGAAGCGCAAGCACCUGCACAACUGCCACAUUCCCGGCUGCGGGAAGGCGUACGCCAAAACCUCCCACCUGAAAGCCCACCUGCGCUGGCACAGCGGCGACCGGCCCUUCGUGUGCAACUGGCUCUUCUGCGGCAAGCGCUUCACCCGCUCCGACGAGCUCCAGCGGCACCUCCAGACCCACACGGGCGCCAAGAAAUUCUCCUGCCCCGUCUGCGGCCGCGUCUUCAUGCGCAGCGACCACCUGGGCAAGCACAUGAAGACGCACGACGGGGGCAAGGACGGGGCCGAACCCGAGGGCAAAAGCGCCGGGGACCCGUCGGCCGCCAAGGGAGGCAAGAGGGAGCCGGAGGGGGGCACGGCCGCCCCCACAAACUGAGCCGCUGAGCCCCGGCUGGGGGA